AUGAAUCUUCCGGUGCUGCCCUCCAUCUUGCUGGUCAUUUCCAGCAUCCAUGCUUUCCAGUAUACGGAGCUGGCGCAGUAUGUUGACAGCCAUCAAGAGGACUAUGUAGAGGCUCUACGGGACUGGAUUGCAAUCGAAAGCGACUCCAGCAAUGUCUUGAAGAGACCGGACUUACACCGCAUGAUGGAGAUGGUGGCUCAGAAACUGAGGCUGAUGGGAGGAAACGUAGAGCUGGUGGACAUCGGAGAACAAGAACUUCCUGACGGGCAGAUGUUAGCGUUGCCUAAAGUGGUGACAGCUCAGUUUGGCAGUGACCCCAACAAACACACACUGUGUGUCUAUGGUCAUGUGGACGUCCAGCCAGCAAAGCUAGAGGACGGCUGGGCAACAGAUCCCUACAACCUGACUGAAAUCAAUGGGAACCUGUAUGGAAGAGGAGCGUCAGACAACAAAGCUCCAGUUUUAGCCUGGAUCCAUGCUGUGGAGGCUUACCAGAGCCUCAACAUGGAGCUGCCAGUGAAUGUAAAGUUUGUCCUGGAGGGCAUGGAGGAGACAGGCUCCAACGGCCUGGACGCCAUGAUCCUGGCUCAGAGAGACACCUUCUUUUCUGAUGUGGAUUACAUCGUCAUCUCAGACUGCAGCUGGCUCAGCAGACAGCCUGCCCUCACCUAUGGCACCAGGGGCAACUGCUACUUCUUUGCUGAGGUUGAAGGACCUAAGCAGGACUUACAUUCUGGUGUCUAUGGAGGUGCUGUGGUAGAACCAAUGACUGACAUCAUUGGCAUUCUUGACACACUGAUCAGCCCCAGCGGUAAGAUCCUGAUUCCUGGGAUCAGGGAAGCAGUGGCUCCCCUCUCUGAUGAGGAAUGGAAAAUGUAUCAGGACAUCCAGUUUGACCUAGACCACUUCAAGAAUGAGAUUGGUGUGAGCCAGCUCAUGUACAGCAACAAGGUGGACCUGUUGGCUCACAUGUGGCGCUACCCCACUGUCACCAUACAUGGCAUCGAGGGGGCCUUCUCCGACCCCGGCACUAAGACUGUGAUCCCUGCUAAGGUUAUUGCUAAGUUCUCCAUUAGACAAGUCCCCAACAUGGACCCUGCUAUGGUCAAAAAACAGGUGACAGACUAUCUUCACUCAGUGUUUGCCAAGAGGAAGAGUCCAAACAAGCUGAAGGUCACCAUGGUGAUUGGGGCCAAGCCUUGGCUAGCUGACAUUCAGCAACCUCUUUAUGAAGCUGGCAAGGCUGCUGUCAAGAGAGUUUUCGAUAAGGAUCCCGAUAUGAUCCGUGAGGGUGGGACCAUCCCUAUCGCCAGAACCUUCCAGGAUGUGACUGGGAAAAGCAUCAUCAUGAUGCCCAUCGGUGGCUAUGACGACGGGCUGCACUCCCAGAAUGAGAAAAUCAGCAGGUACAAUUACAUUGAGGGAACCAAGUUAUUCAUCGCCUACCUGAAUGAAGUGGCUCAGAUUAAGAAGAGCAGUGUGUGAUUUUUCGUGGCAUUAUUACAUGACCUUCUCAAUCAUUCCAGCUGCAAUGAGCUCUUGCUGACACAAGCCAAGUUUUGUAUUUUCUGUGUCUUUAUCUCUGUCACAUCCAUUGUCCUCUUCUCUUUAUUUAUCAGCAUCUCACCUCCUUUCCUCUCUGUCUCUCUGGCCCUGCGGUGUCUGUUUUAUUCAAGUAUUUUAAAACAAAACCUAUAUUGUAACACAUGAAUGUACUUAAAAAGAGAAGCAAUGAAAAUGGAAUUUCUAUCUAUCUAUCUAUCUAUCUAUCUAUCUAUCUAUCUAUCUAUCUAUCUAUCUAUCUAUCAUUUUUGACAUGGUGAGAGAUAUAUUACUACUACUUCUGAUUGG